AUGAGGGGCCGGCGGGGCAGGCCGCCCAAGCAGCCCGCGGCUCCGGCUGCGGAGCGCUGCGCCCCGGCCCCGCCGCCGCCGCCGCCGCCGCCACCACCACCGCCACCGCCGCCGCCGCCACCGCCGCCGCCGCCGCCGCCGCCCGCGUCCGGACCCAUCGGGGGGCUGCGCUCGCGGCACCGCGGCAGCAGUCGGGGCAGGUGGGCCGCCGCCCAGGCUGAGGUGGCGCCCAAGACGCGGCUGAGCUCGCCCAGGGGGGGCGGCCGCAGGAAGCCGCCGCCGCCGCCACCGCCGGCCUCCGCCAGCAGCGCCAGCGGCCCGGGCCGGGGGGGCCGAGGAGGCGGGGGCGGCAGGACGGGGGGCGGGGGCGGCCACCUGGCCCGGACCACCCCGGCCCGCCGCGCCGUCAACAAAGUGGUGUACGAUGACCACGAAAGCGAGGACGACGACGAGGAGGAGGACAUGGUCUCGGAGGAGGACGAGGAGGAGGAAGAGGACGGCGACGCCGAGGAGACCCAGGAUUCCGAGGACGAGGAGGAAGAUGACAUGGAGGAGGACGACGAUGACUCCGAUUAUCCGGAGGAGAUGGAAGACGACGACGACGACGCCAGUUACUGCACGGAAAGCAGCUUCAGGAGCCACAGCACAUACAGCAGCACUCCAGGUAGGCGAAAACCAAGAGUACAUCGGCCUCGCUCCCCAAUAUUAGAAGAAAAAGACAUCCCACCCCUUGAAUUUCCGAAGUCCUCCGAGGAUUUAAUGGUGCCUAAUGAGCAUAUAAUGAACGUCAUUGCCAUUUACGAGGUCGUGCGGAACUUUGGCAAUGUGUUGAGGUUGUCCCCUUUUUGCUUUGAGGACUUCUGCGCAGCUCUGGUCAGCCAAGAGCAGUGCACACUCAUGGCAGAGAUGCACGUGGCGCUUCUCAAAGCGGUUCUGCGAGAAGAGGAUACAUCCAACACCACCUUCGGCCCUGCCGAUCUGAAGGACAGUGUCAACUCCACCCUGUAUUUCAUCGACGGGAUGACGUGGCCAGAGGUCCUGCGGGUAUACUGUGAGAGUGAUAAGGAGUACCAUCAUGUUCUUCCUUACCAGGAGGCAGAGGACUAUCCAUAUGGACCAGUGGAGAACAAAAUCAAAGUUCUGCAGUUUCUAGUUGAUCAGUUCCUGACGACCAAUAUUGCUCGGGAGGAGCUGAUGUCUGAAGGGGUGAUCCAGUAUGAUGACCAUUGUAGGGUCUGUCACAAACUGGGAGAUUUACUGUGCUGUGAGACAUGCUCAGCUGUAUACCAUUUAGAAUGUGUGAAGCCACCUCUUGAAGAGGUGCCGGAGGACGAGUGGCAGUGUGAGGUCUGUGUCGCACACAAGGUGCCUGGUGUGACUGACUGUGUUGCUGAAGUCCAAAAGAAUAAACCGUAUGUUCGACAUGAGCCUAUUGGGUAUGACAGAAGCCGGAGGAAAUACUGGUUCUUAAACCGAAGACUCAUAAUAGAAGAAGACACAGAAAAUGAAAAUGAAAAGAAAGUUUGGUACUACAGUACAAAGGUCCAGCUUGCAGAAUUAAUAGACUGUCUAGACAAAGAUUACUGGGAAGCAGAACUGUGCAAGGUUCUAGAAGAGACUCGAGAAGAGAUGCACCAGCACAUGGACAUAACGGAAGACCUGACCAACAAAGCUCGGGGCAGCAACAAAUCCUUUCUAGCGGCAGCUAACGAAGAAAUUUUGGACUCCUUAAGAAUCAAAAGAGGGGAAGAUAUUGACUGUGACCCGAGCCCGGAAGAAACGGAAAAAGACAAGAGUGAGGUUGAAGCUGACAACUCUAAGGAUGCUGAGAAGAGCAAGGAGGAGUCGGAGGACCAGUCCCUUGAGAAGGACAGGGACGACAAAGUCCUGGGUGAAGAGCCUGGGCAAGGAAAACCUGAGGAGCCAACAGAAGUUGGGGAUAGAGGUAACUCUGUGCCAGCAAAUCUUGGGGACAACACAACUAAUGCUUCUCCAGAAGAGACUAGUCCCUGUGAAGGGAGGAGCCCCGAGGGCUGUCUCUCAGAAACCCAUGAGAGCAGCAACAUGGCAGAGAAGAAGGUGGCAUCUGAGCUCCCCCCGGAUGUACCAGAAGACUCUAACAAGACAUGUGACAGCAGUAACACUAGUGCUACCACUGCCUCCAUCCAGCCUAAUCUGGAAACCAGUAACAGCAGCAGUGAACUCACUUCCUCCCAGAGUGACUCUGCUAAGGCAGCCGAUGACCCUGACCUUGGAGAGAGAGACUCCCACACACCUGUCUCUGGUCAAGAAGAGAUAGGUGAUUUCAGAUUGGAGAAGUCUAACGGAGAGAUGGCCGAGUCCCCUGGAGCUGGCCGAGGGACGACCGCUUCCACCCGCAUCAUCACCAGAUUGCGGAACCCAGAUAGCAAACUCAGUCAGCUGAAGAGUCAGCAGGUGGCAGCCGCAGCCCAUGAAGCAAAUAAACUGUUUAAGGAGGGCAAAGAGGUGCUGGUAGUUAACUCCCAAGGAGAAGUUUCACGGUUGAGCACCAAAAAGGAAGUGGUCAUGAAAGGGAGCAUCAACAAUUAUUUUAAGCUGGGACAAGAAGGGAAGUAUCGCGUCUACCACAAUCAGUACUCUUCCAACUCCUUUGCCCUGAAUAAGCACCAGCACAGGGAGGACCAUGACAAGAGGAGGCACCUGGCACAUAAAUUCUGUCUCACUCCAGCUGGGGAGUUCAAAUGGAAUGGAUCUGUUCAUGGCUCCAAAGUCCUUACCAUAUCUACGCUGAGACUCACCAUCACGCAGCUAGAAAGCAACAUCCCUUCAUCCUUUCUUCAUCCCAAUUGGGCUUCACACAGGGCUAAUUGGAUCAAGGCCGUUCAGAUGUGUAGUAAACCCAGAGAGUUUGCAUUGGCUCUUGCAAUUUUGGAGUGUGCUGUUAAGCCUGUUGUGAUGCUGCCAAUAUGGCGGGAGUCUUUAGGACACACCAGGUUACAUAGGAUGACAUCAAUUGAAAGGGAAGAAAAAGAGAAAGUUAAAAAGAAGGAGAAGAAACAGGAGGAGGAGGAGACUAUGCAGCAGGCCACCUGGGUGAAAUACACGUUUCCAGUGAAGCAUCAGGUUUGGAAGCAAAAAGGAGAGGAGUACAGAGUGACAGGGUAUGGCGGCUGGAGCUGGAUUAGUAAAACACACGUUUAUAGGUUUCUCCCCAAGUUACCAGGAAAUACCAAUGUGAACUACAGGAAGCCCCUGGCAGGAGCCAAAAAUAAUACAGAUGAAAAUAAGGAUGAAUCAGAUAAAAGAAAAAGUCCACGAAGUCCAAAAAAAAUGAAGACAGAAUGUGAUUCUGAGAAAGGUGAGGCAAAAGAUGCAGAAGCUGCAGCCGGAGCAGAUGAAAGUGCAAUGGAACUAUCUAAGGUGUCUGAGAAGAAGGACCAAGAUGUCAAAGAAGUUUUAGAUUCUGAUAAUGACAAAUCGUUCAAGGAAGAACCAAUGGAGAUAGAUGAUACUGUCAGAACAGAGUCCCAUAUAAACUGUCAGGAGAAUACUCAAGUGGAUGUGGUCAAUGUCAGUGAAGGGUUCCAUCUAAGGACUAGUUACAAAAAGAAAACAAAAUCCUCUAAGCUGGACGGGCUCCUGGAAAGGCGGAUUCGACAGUUCACACUGGAAGAGAAGCAGCGCCUUGAAAAGUUGAAACUGGAGAGUGGGGUGAAGGGAGUAGGCAAGCCCCUCACCAGUGCUCUGAAAAGCCCCUCUGAAUCAGCAGUAACUGCAAAGGCCAGCGAAGGGUGUCAGGGUGACUGGCUCAGACAGGAACAAAGCCCCAGUCCGAGCCAGGCUAGCCCUGGGGACUCGGGACAGGGGUGCUCACAAAGUGAUCCUAGUCUGAACACAAACAAACUCUACCAAAAAGAUCAAGUGUCAGAUGAUGCCUCUGUUCAGAGUUCAGGGCCAAACUGUCAGAGACUGAACUCUGCUGAAAGUGCCCUAGAUGCCGGUAUCUCUGAGCCUGCCAGUAAGGGAUUGGCACUAAGUCAAACUAAAACUCAAGGAAGUGACUUUAUCAUUGACGACGAUAAACCAACCAGUGCAGAGGAUGUUGGCACUUUGACCUCUAAGAGCAAAAAGCCACUCCCACAGGAAGAUAGCAGCACAACCAUGCCUUCUUCCAAGAGUACUGUACCAGCAUCAGUACCUAAAAGUACCAGUGACAUAGACGCCCGGCCCUUCCCCAAAGCAGUGGACUUUGAUGGGAAACCAGGUUGUGACUCUGAAUAUAAUAGCACUUUGGAAAAUAGUUCUGAUACCAUGUCUAUUCAAGAUAGCAGUGAAGAAGAUAUGAUUGUUCAGAAUAGCAAUGAGUGUAUCUCUGAGCAGUUUAUAACUCCAGACCAAGGCAUGGAGAGUUCAGAGCCAUCAAAAUGUGAGUUAGUUCCUAAAUCCACUGAAAAUUGUGAAGAUAAACUACAGGGUAAGGUAACUGAAGCAAAUGGUAAAAAAACAGGUCAGCACCAAAAGCUAGAUGAGAGACCAGUUAACAAAUGCACUGACCAAAUAAGUCUAAAACAUACCACUGACAGAAAGAAUAAUGACAAUCGAGAGUCUGAAAAGAAAGGACAUAAGGCAAAUAAAUUUCAGAUAAAUGGCAAAGACAGUAAAGCUAAGGGGUUCCUGAAGGGGCAGUGCCUGAAGGACGGCUCUGAAGGUAAAGUUGUGAGUUGUCCUGCUGAACCAAAGGUUAAUAAUAUCAGUAAAGUCAUCCCUGGGAACAUCAAGUCACUGCCUGUUAAGGAAUCUGCCGUGAAGCCAUUGGUUAACGGUGACAUCGUCAUGGAAGACUUCAAUGAACAAAACACUUCUGAAACCAACUCACAUUCACUGAGUUCUUUAGAUGCCAAAGGUAAUCACCAAGACAGCCUCCCUACCCUACCGUCUACCAAAGAGUCAGACAGUACCCAGGUAACCAUACGCCCAGCCACUUGUCCAGAAAGCAACUCAUUUAAUCAGGUGGAAGAUAUGGAAACAGAGAGUCCAGAGGUUAAGAAGGUUACCCCAUCUCCUGUUACUUCUGAAGAGAUGUCUAACCUUAGUAAUGACUUCAUGGAUGAAAAUGGUCUGCCCUCCAGCAAAGACGAGAAUGUCAAUGGAGAAUCCAAAAGGAAAACAAUCAUCACAGAAGUCACCACGAUGACAUCCACAGUUGCUACAGAGUCAAAAACUGUCAUUAAGGUAGCAAAGGGGGACAAGCAAACUGUGGUUUCUUCCACAGAAAAUUGUGCCAGAUCCACUGUCACAACUACCACCACUACUGUGACAAAGCUCUCCACACCUUGCCCAGACACUGGAAUGGACACCAUCUCUGUAAAGGAGCAAAGCAAAACUGUGGUGACCACGACAGUGACGGACUCCCUGACCACUGCAGGAAACACGCUGGUGACGUCUAUGACCGUGAGCAAAGAAUACUCCACAAGAGACAAGGUGAAACUGAUGAAGUUCUCAAGACCCAAGAAGACCCGUUCAGGAACAGCCCUGCCGUCCUAUAGGAAGUUUGUUACCAAGAGCAGCAAAAAGAGCAUUUUCGUGUUGCCCAAUGAUGACUUGAAAAAGCUGGCCAGAAAAGGAGGGAUCCGGGAAGUCCCUUACUUUAAUUAUAAUGCAAAACCUGCCUUGGACAUAUGGCCAUAUCCUUCUCCUAGACCAACCUUUGGUAUCACGUGGAGGUAUAGACUCCAGACGGUCAAAUCCUUAGCAGGAGUGAGCCUGAUGUUACGGUUACUAUGGGCCAGUUUGAGAUGGGAUGACAUGGCAGCCAAGGCUCCUCCAGGAGGAGGGACCACACGGACAGAAACAUCUGAAACUGAAAUCACAACCACAGAAAUAAUUAAGAGGCGUGAUGUGGGUCCUUACGGCAUUCGUUCUGAAUAUUGUAUUAGGAAGAUUAUUUGCCCCAUUGGAGUUCCAGAAGCACCAAAAGAAACACCCACACCUCAGCGGAAAGGCCUUAGAUCAAGUGCACUGCGGCCAAAGAGACCUGAAACACCCAAGCAGACCGGCCCUGUUAUUAUUGAAACCUGGGUGGCAGAAGAGGAGUUGGAACUCUGGGAGAUCAGGGCUUUUGCUGAGAGAGUGGAGAAAGAAAAGGCUCAGGCGGUGGAGCAGCAGGCUAAGAAACGUUUGGAGCAACAGAAGCCUGCGGUCAUUGCCACGUCUACCACAUCCCCACCAAACAGCACAAGCAGCACCGUCUCUCCAGCUCAGAAGGUGGUGGUGGCUCCCUUGAGUGGUUCUGUCACCCCUGGGACGAAGAUGGUGCUAGCCACCAAAGUUGGGUCUCCUGCCACAGUUACAUUCCAGCAAAACAAGAACUUCCACCAAACCUUUGCCACGUGGGUGAAGCAAGGCCAGUCCAACUCAGCCACCAGCACAGCUGCCACCUCUGCUACAACCAUUGCCAGCACAGGUCAGACGUUCCAAAUUACAGGCAAUCCCGUCACUAUGGCAGGAAAAGUAAUUACCAAACUGCCACUUCCUGCAAACAGCAAGAUUGUCGCUGUAAAUGUGCCAGCAACACAAGGAGGCGUGGUCCAGGUACAGCAGAAAGUCCUGGGUAUCAUUCCAUCGACAACAGGUCCAAGUCAGCAAACCUUGACUUCAUUCCAGCCCAGGACUGCAACAGUCACAAUUAGGCCCAAUACCUCAGCCUCUGCAGGAACCACUACCACGUCACAGGUACUCACGGGACCUCCGAUCCGUCCUGGUAUGACUGUGAUUAGAACACCACUCCAGCAGUCCACACUAGGAAAGGCAAUUAUUCGAACCCCUGUGAUGGUGCAGCCAGGUGCUCCCCAACAAGUGGUGACUCAGAUCAUCCGAGGACAGCCUGUUUCCACUGCCAUUUCUGCUCCAAGUACGGCUUCUUCAGCACCCGGGCAAAAAGGUUUAAGUCCAGGAGCACCAGCUGGAACUCUACAGCCUGCAGCCCCACAACCCCCUCGUCCCCAGCAAGGGCAGGUGAAGCUCACCAUGGCUCAGCUCACUCAGUUAACACAGGGCCACGGUGGCAACCAAGGUUUAACAGUAGUAAUUCAAGGACAAGGUCAAACUACUGGACAGUUGCAGUUGAUACCUCAGGGGAUGACCGUCCUUCCAGGACCAGGGCAACAGCUCAUGCAAGCUGCAAUGCCCAAUGGUACCGUGCAGCGAUUCCUCUUUACCCCGCUGUCAACAACGGCCACGACCGCCAGCAGCAGCACAACCACUGCUUCUGCAGCAGCAGCAGCAGCAGCAGCAACAGCAGCAGCAGCAGCAGCAGCAGCAACAGCAGCAGGUUCCGGGGAACAAAAACAGAGUAAAUUGUCGCCCCAGCCCCAGGUCCAACCAGCCACAACCAUGGUGCCCACUCAGUCGUCAAGUGUGAGUCCUGCAGAAGCCCAGCCACAGACUCCUCAGCCUGCAGCACAGCCCCAGCCCCAGCCCCAGUCCCCAGCUCAGCCUGAAGUCCAGACCCAGCCAGCUGUCUCGGCCCAUGUCCCUUCUGAAGCACAGGCCUCCCAGGCACAGUCAUCCAAACCCCAGCAACAGUGUCAGCCUCAGAGCAGUGUGCAAGGACAGUCUCCUGUUCGUGUCCAGAGCCCACCACUGACUCGAAUACGUCCAUCAACUCCAUCCCAAGUGACUCCUGCCCAGCAACCCCAGGGUCAGACUACAACCUCACAGCCGGUUCCAAUCCCGCCCCCCACAUCUCUGCAGACACCUUCCCAGGGCCAGCCACAGUCCCAGCCCCAGGUGGUGAUGAAGCAUAAUGCUGUAAUAGAACAUUUAAAACAGAAAAAGACCAUGACUCCAGCUGAACGAGAAGAAAAUCAAAGAAUGAUUGUGUGUAACCAGGUGAUGAAGUAUAUUCUGGAUAAGAUAGAUAAAGAAGAAAAGCAGGCGGCAAAGAAGCGCAAGCGCGAGGAGAGCGUGGAGCAGAAGCGGAGCAAGCAGAACGCCAGCAAGCUCUCUGCUCUGCUCUUCAAACACAAGGAGCAGCUCAAAGCCGAGAUCCUGAAAAAGAGGGCACUCCUGGACAAAGAGCUGCAGAUCCAAGUGCAGGAAGAGCUGAAGAGAGACCUGAAAAUGAAGAAGGAGAAAGAUAUGGCCCAGGUGGUACCAGUCGGUGCUGCAGCAGUGUCCACACCCUCAACGCCAGCGCCAGUGCCAGCACCACCACCGGCAGCCCCUGCAGCUCCUCCUCCUCCUCCUUCGCCUCCCUUGGCACACAGCCUGCCGCCUGCAGGCCAUCCUGCAGCCCCACUGCCUGUCACUUCCCAGAAGAGGAAGCGGGAGGAGGAGAAGGACUCCAAGUCCAAGAAGAAGAAGAUGAUCUCUACCACCUCAAAGGAGGCCAAGAAGGACACCAGGCUGUACUGCAUCUGCAAGACGCCAUACGACGAGUCCAAGUUCUAUAUUGGCUGUGAUCUUUGUACUAACUGGUAUCAUGGAGAAUGUGUUGGCAUCACAGAAAAGGAGGCUAAGAAAAUGGAUGUGUACAUCUGUAAUGAUUGUAAGCGGGCACAAGAGGGCAGCAGUGAGGAAUUGUACUGUAUCUGCAGGACACCUUAUGAUGAGUCACAAUUUUAUAUUGGCUGCGAUCGAUGUCAGAAUUGGUACCACGGGCGCUGUGUUGGCAUCUUACAGAGUGAGGCAGAGCUCAUUGAUGAGUAUGUCUGUCCACAGUGCCAGUCGACAGAGGAUGCCAUGACAGUGCUCACACCACUGACAGAGAAGGAUUACGAGGGCUUGAAGAGGGUGCUGCGCUCCUUACAGGCCCAUAAGAUGGCUUGGCCUUUCCUUGAACCGGUAGACCCCAAUGAUGCACCCGAUUAUUACGGGGUUAUUAAAGAGCCAAUGGACCUUGCCACCAUGGAAGAAAGGAUACAAAAGCGUUACUAUGAAAAGCUGACAGAGUUCGUGGCAGAUAUGACCAAAAUUUUUGAUAACUGCCGGUACUACAACCCCAGCGACUCCCCCUUUUACCAGUGCGCAGAAGUUCUUGAGUCCUUCUUUGUACAGAAACUAAAAGGAUUCAAGGCUAGCAGAUUGUGAUAUCUUUAGUCUGAAUUUUUAACUGGAAUCAGAACUGGAUAUUUGGGUCACUGUUUAUUGUACCACGUGAUUGCCUAAUUCAAAAUUCCCCUCCCAAAAGUUGAAACUAGUUAAUAUAAUUUUUUAAUGUUAAAUACAGAUGUGUAGAUACGUGAAAACUUUAUUCUGGCAGCCAUGUUGGACAAUGUGUUUAAAGAAUUGUGAAUGCUCGGGAUGCUGUACCUACCUGCUAUUGCAAUAUAAAGUGCUGAGUCAGCCCUGCUACCUGUACAGUAAUUUGGUUACUAACAGAGUUGUGAAUGAAACUGUGAAAAGAAAAGGACUUUCUGGACUUCAGUUGAAAAAUGUGAUGUUAAUAUUGCUCCUGUCUUCUGAUAGAACUUUCCAUUUCCUGCAUCACUGUAAAUAGACAGGCACACACACCUUUUACUACAGUAAUGCUUCUGUAAAUGUCUUCGUCCCAUUUGUUGAAAAUGGUGUAAUCUUAAUAAACAAUAUAUAUUCACUUAUAUAUACAUAUAUUUUUAAACAUUGGCUUUUUCCAGCGAGCUACUAUGUUUACUGUACAGUGAAAAGUUUUAAUACUAUAGCUUAAAGAUUUCUUAAUUGUUAAUUUUCUUAUAAUGCUUGCCAAGGAUGAGUGAAAGAGCAUGGCUGCUUCCCCAGACUGGCCUUGGCAUCCACAUAGAGUAUCAUUGUCUCAGAAAUGAAGGGUGCUUAAUUGUCCCCUUUUCUGUAUUCUGUAGGUCUCAUAACAACAAGCUGCAGUCUGCCGCUCCUUAGAGCUCAGCGUGUCACUAAGCGAGACACAGUGAGAGUCUGGUGGUCUGAACUAUUUAAGUUAAAGCGCCAGAUGUUUUCAGUCAGGCUAUCCUGACAAGACUUGACCGUAACCUCGUUCCUAUUGGUCACAACAGUCCAAUUGUAUUCUUGGCCAAUUUUGUCCAACGGACAAAGGAAAAGCAAAGUCCACGGCAUCAUUGUCUUGUCAAGAGCAAAUGGCUUUACUGUUGUGGCAGAAGCAGGAAACUUUUGUUUAUUGAAAAAAAAAAAAGAAAAAGCAAGAAAAAAAAAGAUACUAUGGGGUCAAGUGUAACUCCGUGGAAAUGCCACGUCUGCUCUUCAGUGAAGAAGCUGCUUAGAGUCACAGAAACCUUUCUGACUGUAUUUAUUUAUUGUUGCAAAAAAGACGCUUUUUUAUUGCUGCCCUCAUUUGUCAGCUAAUUAUUUUUUUCUUAUAAAAUCCAGCCCUGGUUACAUGUAUCCAUCCUAUAUCUUAUCAUGAUUCCUGUAGGUGAAGUACAAGGCGACCUCUAGAUGUCUUUUCUUUCUAUGAAAGGAGCUGCUAUGUACACAUGUGCACACACAACUGGGAAUCAACAAUGAGUUUAUUGUUCAUGAUAGACACAGAUAAGGCGUGCAGAAAGGCUGGGAUAAGUGGUCCUGGACUACAGACUUCGUUGCCUUGAAUUACACCAGUACAAAUUGUCAUUUACUCUGCACCAGGCUAAAUGAGCAGAAUCUAUUUGAAGGGAUCUUGUUUGUAAACAUUUGUCAGAUUCUAAUUUUUUUCUUUUUGUAUUAAAAUUCAACUAUGGAUGUAUAUGAACCGAAAUAAAUGGAGAUAAUUUUUCUCCCACAGAUGGAGGUCUCUUUGAAUGUGCGCUAAUAUUACUUGUAAGCCCUUGUGGGGAGAGGGAGGGCCACCAGAAAUCACAGGCAGGAGGCCUGAGUUUCUCCAGUAGAACAGAGGCCUUUUUCAUAAGUCCCAGUCAUCACAUCAGAAAAUCUCUAGGGAGCUGAGCCCACGUAUCAGUUGGUCAUACCUCUAAUAACAGGAAUAUGACACAGUACAUUACCUUCACUCCCACCGUCUGUGAUUCUAGGCAAGCUACCAGUCACAGACAGACAGCUCCCUAUUGGGUGAAGGUGUUUCAAUGACCUUGGCCACUACUUUGUGUUGGUUGGGUUCUUUGGGUUUCUUUGUUGUUGCUGUAGGGAAGCGUCCCACGAGCAGGGUGCAGGGUAGAGCAGACAGGUGUGUUCUGCAUGUGCCUCCUGCUAGUGUCUUCACCUUCCCCUUGUGCUGUUGGGAAGACCAGCCGGAGCUGGAUUGUGCAGCUUCGCAGAUGUUUUCCUAGACUUUGCACUGGUCCACGUUAGCCUUGUCCUGCUGAGUUUAGAAUCUACCUGGCUUUUGUUUGUUUGCUGUCGCCCUGCUAUGCAAAGCCUUCCCCAGCCCCUGGUUUCUCAAAAGGAAACUGUGGCAACAGUUGGCAAUUCUUCUUCCAGGCUCAGGUGUACAGGUUCUUCUGGGUUCACACGCUCUGUGGAACCCACUCCCUCUGUACAUAAAGGUGUCUCUUCAGCCUGUGCUCACGGCCAAAGAGACUAACUGCUCAAUAUGGUAACAAAGUUUUUGCUUAAACUAUUAAGGUGGAAGUAGUUAAAUACAGGCUAUUUUGUCCUUUUAGUUUACAAAAAGCAAAUGUUCCAUGUUGUAAGCACCGUGCUGAUGCAAGAAUUCUACAUUUUAAUGAUGGAAAGUGAUUCUGCAUCUAGCCACACUGCAGUAUUCCUGUACUAUCUCUUCAUAUAUCUAGGUAUAUAUGGGCUCAGUCACGUCAGCUUGUUGCAGCAAGAGCUUUCCUACCUGUAGGCAAUAGAUUGCUAUGUUUUUAACAAAUUGUAGCAAAUUCUAAAUAAUUCUUUUUGUACGUAAUAGGACAUUUCAUCCUAAAAAAAAAAAUAAUAAAGUAAUGUUUUUGACAUUGGAUUCUGUGCAGUUUCUAAUGAAACAAUGGUUGGUUGGUUCACUGUUUGAUACAUUUUCUGUAGCUGUUGGCAUUGCCAAGUUGUACAGAAGGGGGGGUGGGCUGUGGAUUUCUGAGACUGGGAAGAUGUUAAUUUCAUAUUGUGUACUUAAUGGUAUAAAGACUUUUGCAAUUUCUAUCACCAUAUAAAGACAUUUUAUAAUUUUAUCAGACUAUAGAGCUUUAGUCUUUCAAAAGGAAUUUUUGAAAAACGUACAUUCUUAUUUCACAAGCUGCUUUUCUAUGAACCUGAUAUGAGGAACUUCUGCUACUCAGAGAAAAGUGAAACUGUUCGCUCUGGCAGCCUGAGUGCUCCGAUGCACACUGGAGAUGUGGUUAGGAUGUUUCUGCCCAGGCUUCGCACCUAUAAUCUGUACGUUCUUUGCUUUGAUAGAUUUCUUUGGCUAAAAGUAUUUUUAGCAUUUCCUGUGCUUCAUCUCCAAAUUCACAAUUUGAGACCAUUUCAUAAGAGAUAUUUUCAUAAUGUCUGUAAGGCUUUUUUCUCCUGAGCAAAUUCUUCCGGGUUUGUAUUACUGUCCUACAGUAGGUCAACGAAAUUGUGAUCUUUUGGAGAUGUUUCUACAGUAAAAAUGACCUUUUUCUAUUUGGAGUGGCCUGGAGUGCUGUGUAGGAACCCUGACAAUGUGUUGCUGUUUGUAACCUUUCCUCUUACAAUCUGCAAAUAAAACUUCUUUCCCUGUC